AGUAAAAAAAAAGUCGAAUUCAAAAUGAAAAUUAGGUACAUGCACACCAUAACGACGUGCAUACGUGUUUGCAUUCGCGCUGAACAUGUUUUACAUAAAGUUGUACAUUUUUGUUUGUGUUUUAUUGUUUACCGUAGUGUUACCGUUAUCGUCUGCCAAGACAAACAAAACUUGCGAAGUAGAGUACAACGACGAAGUGUCGUCAUCGGAGAAAAUACUCCGAUGGUUGACUGAUUCGUGUCGAUAUGACAAAACAGUAGCCCCAGGAAAACUCGUUGCGCACAAUCCAAUCGUUGUAUUCACUAGGAUUCAUGUGUAUCAUUUAACUUCUGUGUACCCGCGUAAUCUGGACUUCAAAGUGAGGAUAUUGUUGCAAUUCCGAUGGCGAGACGUUCGAUUGGCAUUUGAAAAUUUAGUACUGAUGGACUCUUCUGAAGUGGUGUGCCAAAAGGGAGUAUUGGAGCGGAUAUGGAUACCGAACGUGUACAUUACCAAUGAGAAACACUCAUUGACAGUAGCCGACAUGACCGAAGACCUGAUGGUCACCGUGUUACCGGACGGAACUGUGAUGUUAUCGGUUAGGUUGAAGACAUCCGUUUUUUGUUGGAUGAAGCUAGGCAGAUUCCCAUUCGACCGCCAACAGUGUCACUUGAUCAUGGAAACUUGGAGGUACGACACCUCACAAUUGGUGCUUAAAUGGGAAGUCGAAUCGCCAGUCACCGCAGCCCUAAAUGAUAACUCGUGGGUUCCUUACUUGACAGAAUAUAAAUUGCUGAAAAUAAUACCGCACAGCUCCGAACAUUAUGUCGAACCAAUUUCUUUAGACCCAACUUCUACUUACCGUUACACGUCGUUGACGUUAACGUUCCUAUUAGCCAGGGAGUACGGAUUCUAUAUCAUGGACUAUUAUAUGCCGGGUAUAUUGUUGGUGACGAUUUCGUGGGUGUCGUUUUGGAUGGCACCCGACGCGACGCCCGCACGUGUUGCAAUCGGUACAAGUACAAUGCUCACAUACUUCCAGUUGGGUAUUGACACAGGCUCCAAGUUACCCAAUGUGUCAUAUAUUAGAUCCAACGACUUGUGGUUUAUCGUGUGCACUGCGUUCAUAUUCCUUUCGUUGGCCGAAUUUGCAUUUGUCAAUACAAUAUGGCGUUACGGGUGUCAUCCCGUUAAGUUGAAAAGUAAAUCCAACAAACAAAUGUUUAAGUCAUCGAUCAAAGCGAGCAAAAUGUCCAAGGGAAUAGUCAAUAAUGACCAACCGCAACAAACUGUCGCAGCUGGUGGUUUAUUUCUCGACGGAAAAAGAUUACAAAGCAAUGGUACGACAGAAUUGAACGCAGAACUGCCUUAUACGAUGGAAAUGAAAGCGAUGGGCAAGGUAAAAUUCAAGGUAUCUGAAGAAUCAGCACGUCAAUUACAUGGUGGCUUAACAACUACGGCCCAACAGAUUUCGAUUUGGAUCGACGAGAAAAGUAGAAUUGUGUUCCCAGCGUCGUUCAUUUUAUUCAACGCAGUAUAUUGGAGCUUAUUGUGGGUUUAACGAAAUUUCGACGACCUAUGGAAGUGAUUUUACGAACAUACUACACGUUCAACUUAACUUUCAAGGGAAAAUUCGGUGGGUAUAUCGGUAAUUUACUAUCUGCAAUAUUCUAUGAAGGAUAAAAAAUGUAACAUUUGGUAUACUGUAUAUCGUAUACGUGUAAUUUAAAAUAGUAUUACCUUUGUUUAAAUGUAAAUAUAGCUAAAUACAAAAUUUAAU